CAUAGCAGCAAACGCUUUCAAAUUUCAAAGCUACGGCAUUAUUUUAUGUAGAAUUUUUUAAGAAUAGUCUCAAACUAGCUUAAGCAAAAUGCAAGGUUCCGACGCUCAGCCGAAGCGCACGCAGAGCUAUGUGAAUGAAGCCUAUCGUUUACUUCUUGAAAAACCCGGCGUGGAGGAGGUGCUCAUCAUGAAUCAUUCGGGUGUGCCAGUCAAAACUUCAAUGUCGCGACAGGAUGCACUGCAGCAUGCCUGCCUCUAUGAUAACUUCCGUGAAAAGACCCAAGCAUUCCUGCAAAAGCUGGAACCGCCACAGACCCUAUCUAUGCUACGUGUGCGCACCAAAUUGCAUGAGGUCCUCAUAACACCCGAUGCCAAGAUUACAAUAUUAGUUGUUCAAAAUGCAAAGGAUGCAUAUAUGAAGUCCUUAGAUCCUUAGACUAUCGAAUGUUUUCUAGUGGUAUAUCAAACCCACACUGUUCACCUUCGUCUUCAUGUUCAUAAUCAACCAAUAAAUUGAGUGGCCUCUGCAGGCUAUA